GGGUUGGAUGUAUUUCCCUUUGUUCUCAAUGGAGUCCUCUGGGGAAAUGCUGGUAGAAACAACCAUGUAGAGAGACUUGGACAGCAUGCCUGCUGAGCAACAUGCCACUCAGCCUCCUUGUGACCAGUUUCCACAUCAGUAAACCAGGAGCAAUAAUCUCUUUCCUGCCAGUUUUCCAGGAUCAGAUGGGACAAAGUAGGUGGAAGAACUCCGUAACCUGAUGUGAGGGAUCAUCAUCAUUUUUGUUUUCUAAGGGUAGGAAAUGCAUCAAAGCCAUAGGAAGGAAGAAGAAAUUCAGAGGCUGUGAUGGUCUCCUCUAAUUUAUUGAGAACUGAGGUGAAAUCACAGCACCCUGGACAGUGCAGAGUCCCCUUUAGGCCAGCAAGUUGUCUUCACUUGAGGACAGCGGCCUGACUUAGCCACAGAAUAGAGGGGAUGGGAGGAGAGCAAAGAGGGGUAUAGGAGUCCAGAAGAUUCUGUCAUAGAGUGAGGCCGUCUCUCCCUUGGGCAGUGGGUGAACCCUGACUCCUUGGUCUCUUUCUUCCAGGGCUGUGUCUGGCCACCCCUGAGAAUACUGUUCGAUGGUGUACCAUAUCAGGAGAUGAGGCAACAAAAUGCUCUGAAUUCCAAAAGAAUAUGGCAAGAGUGGGUGCUGCCCCUCUCACCUGUGUAAACAGAACCUCCUACCGUGAAUGUGUCAAGGCCAUUGUCAAAAACCAGGCAGAUGCUGUGAGUCUCGACAGCGGUUUGGUGUUUAAAGCAGGCCAGGCCCCUUACAAGCUGAAGCCUGUCGUGGCCGAGGUCUACGGGUCCAAAGAGCAGCCACAAACCCACUAUUACGCCGUGGCUGUGGUGAAGAAAGACACCAACUUCCAGCUGAACGAACUCCGAGGCAAGAAAUCCUGCCACACGGGCUUCCGCAGGUCUGCCGGGUGGUAUAUCCCUAUUGGGACACUUCGUCCAUUCUUGGAGUGGACAGGGCCACCUGCAAGUCUUGAGAGUGCGGUGUCUAGUUUCUUCUCGGGAAGCUGUGUUCCCUGCGUAGAUGCAAGACAAUUCCCCAAGCUGUGUAGCCUGUGUGCAGGGCAAGGAGCAAAUAAAUGUGCCUGCUCCUCUCAGGAACCAUACUUCGGCUACUCUGGUGCCUUCAG